AUGAGCGAACAGAUCGAGGAACUAGAAGGGUCGGAACUUGGUACAAAGGACUUCUGGGAGACGAGCUACACACGCGAAAUAGCAAACUAUCGCGACCACGGCGAUGUCGGUGAGGUUUGGUUCGACGAGGAUAGCCAAAAUCGUAUUAUUACAUGGAUUGCUAGACAGGAGGAUGAGAUCCAAACGAACGAUUCAAUCAUUGAUUUGGGUUGUGGCAAUGGUAUGAUGUUGAUCGAGCUAGCCCGAGAAGGAUACACGGAUCUGACCGGCAUCGAUUACUCCCCCAAAGCAAUCGAACUGUCCAAGGCGAUUUGUCAAGAUCAGGACCUUAACAUCAACUACAAGGUGGUGGAUUUGAUGUCGGAAUCGGAGGUGACGGCAUUGGGAAAGUUCAAGGUGGUACACGAUAAAGGCACGUACGAUGCUAUCAGUUUGCAUCCGGAGGAUUCAAAGCAGAUGCGCGCAAGCUACAUCACCAACGUGCAUCGCAUGCUAAAAGACGAUGGUCUUUUCAUACUUACCUCUUGCAACUGGACCGAAUGUGAACUGGUUCAAAGUUUCGCAGGUUUUUUCCAAUUACGAACGGUGAUACCAACGCCGACGUUUAAGUUUGGCGGCAAAGUGGGCAGUGUUGUGACGUCAAUUGUGUUUGUUAAGCAUCAUACCUGA